AUGACGUCCGCUGUGCGACCUCGUCUUUUAAUCGUUCAUCAAAUGCCAACACAAUUCAUUCGUGCGCUCGAACGUGUAUUUGAUUUGGACUAUAAAGAUACAUCAACACGGUUUACUCAUGAGCAGAUCCUUUCGCGAAUACGCGCCAAUCCACCGGACGCCAUGCUUUUCCCAGGACAAACGAAAAUCGAUAAAGAAAUACUGGCAACCGCUGGCGAUAAGUUGAAAAUGCUAGCAACAUUUUCAGUCGGUUUCGAUCAUAUUGAUUUAAAAGAAUGUAAAAAACGCGGAAUAGCCAUCGGAUACACACCCGGUGUCUUAACUGAUGGUGUUGCUGAUUUGGCAAUAGCCUUAUUAUUGGCAACAUCUCGACGAGUUGUCGAAGCAAUGAAGGCCGUCCGAAAUGGUCAAUGGGGCCAAUCUUCGGAUAUCAUGUGGAUGUGUGGCAAACCAUUGGUGAAUUCUACGGUUGGUAUCGUCGGUCUAGGUCAAAUCGGUUUAGCAAUCGCACGACGUUUACAACCAUUCUCUAUUCAACGUAUUCUUUAUAGUGGCACACGUGAAAAACAGUUUGACUCGGAAAACGAUAAAAGAAUGUUUCAAUUCGUGGAAUUCAACGAGUUAUUACGCCAGUCCGAUUUUGUCAUUAUCGCGUGUGCAUUGAAUGAUCAAACACGGCAUAUGUUCAAUAAGCAAGCAUUUGAGCAAAUGAAAAAUGAUGCGAUCGUGAUCAAUAUUGCACGCGGAGGUAUUAUCAAUCAAGAGGCAUUGUACGACGCGUUAAAAACCGGUCAAAUUCAGGCAGCAGGAUUGGAUGUGACAACUCCUGAACCUUUACCUACUGAUCAUCCACUUCUAUCGCUGGAAAAUUGCACAAUCUUUCCGCACAUUGGUAGUGCAGAUGUCAAUGCACGCCAUCAAAUGGCACAACUGUGUGUUGAUAAUUUACUGAACUUCUUUAGUGGCAAACCGAUGGUUCAUGAAUUGAAAACCGAUAGUGCUUGA